GCCGUCGAUGCUGCGGAGGCUUCCUCCAAGGCAGCAAAGGCUUCUGGGGACGCGGCCGGCGAGGCCGCGUCGAGGUUGCUGCUUGCGGGUCUCGCAGCAGCGACCCACAAUGCCAGUGAGGCUCAGGAGCACGCCACAGCGGCGCAGGGGCUUUUCAAGCAAGCAGGUGACCAGCUGGGAACGGCCAAAGCCAACCACUUCAUCGGUUGGGCUCUCGCGACCAAGGGCAAGUUCGAGGAGGGAAUCGAGCUCUGCGGCGAGGCUGGAUCCGUGGCGCGCCGGCUUGGUGCUAAGAAGAUCGAGGCCUUGAUCUGCUACUGCAUCUCGAGGCUCUACCUGACCAGGAGUUUGGGUCGCGAGGCAGUGGAGUUUGCCGAGGACGCCGUGGCAGCACUUCGGACACUCCCCGGGCUCACAGGACUUCAGGCCUCUGCGGCCGAUCUACUUGUUCAGGCCUACAUCCACAAGGGCGACACCCGAUCUGGCCUCCGCGUGGCCAAAGAGGGUUUGGAUGCAUUCCGCGCCAAGCACUGCAG